AUGGAUCAGAACACCACUUCUGAUCACAAAAAACACUUUCCAUCGAUAUAUUAUAGUUGCAGAAAGGCUAAUGGUUCCUAUUAUUAUCAGUUUGAUUGUUGUCCACUUAAUCAUGAUGUUACAGAAUAUGUAAACAGCUGUGAAAAUCCUGACUCCGAUGACCAACUACAAAAUAUACCUGCUUUUGGUAAAACAAAGAUAAGAGAUGCAUUAACUGUAACUGUUCUACAGUUGCCAUCCUGUUCAAAACAGGCUGUCUACGAUAUGAAUACCAAUCAGUGUCGACAAGUUAUCUACCAUCCUCCACUAAACUGUACAUCAACAAGAUUAAAUGAAUCUGAGUAUUACAUCACUAAUGAUGGUCGUCUCUACUUAAAUAAUACCCAACGUUUGCUGAACCAAUCAGAAUUCAUUCGUGAUUCUCAAGGUAUAAUAAGUAUCUGUGUAAACAAUGGUACCAAUAAUAUAUCAAGUAUCAAUGGUAUAUCAAAAUAUUCCGUAGCUGAGAGCUAUAUCACAUUAGUGGGACUAGUGAUCUCUAUUCCAGCUCUAGCAAGCACUAUUAUUGUCUAUCUCUGUAUACCUGAUCUCCGUACAUUACCAGCGACUUUCUUCUGGAUGAAUGUCAUGUCAUUUGAUGCCUUGCACACUUUCUCAGGACUUACACAACUUCGCAGUACAGGAAAGUAUACCAAGAGAUUUGUAUUGUAUUCUUUAUACGCUUGGAUCUGUCCACUUGUAAUAGUAACUAUUUCACUGAUAUUCGAGUACACACCUGGAAAUCACGGACUUUCUCCGGAAUACGAAAAUGUUAUUUGCUGGAUUACAAAUGAAAAAAAUGUCUAUAUACGCAUAAAGAUAGAAUUUAAAAAAUCUGAAAAUCUUUCGUGCUUCAUUAUUCUUUAUAUAAUUGAAUGCAACUUUGUAAAACAUGCCCUGUUCCGACAAAAUGCUAUUAAGAUUGUAUGA